AUGGAUCCGCCAUCCAAGAAGCGAAGCAUCUUCGGCUUCACCGGGCUCUUUCGCAGUCCUGCUGCUCCCACAGAAGACCGGGAUAUGGAUACCGAUGCGUCUCCCAAGCCGGCCGCGUCGGCAUCCGCGCAACGCGAAUUCAACAGCGCGUCCGCGCCGCACAGCCCGAUGAAGCGCGCCAGCGAGUCGCAAAUCGCAUCCCGCAGGAUCAUCGGUCGGCCUCAAGGUCCAUCAAGUAAACUAUCCCAGAGCAUCUCCGCGUCGGAUAUCGCGCACCGGCCGUCCAGCAUGGUGGUCGCGACCCCCAGGCGGAUGCCGGGCGACAACCCGAACAAGCGACCGCCCGCCAUGUCAGCAUCCGUCAUGUCGCAUGCGCCGUCCAACGUCGUCCCGAAAUCGACGAGUUUCUCGGGUGUCACCUCCACCCCUCGAAAUAUUUUCCGCUCCUCGGCGCUGUAUUCGCGACCCGGCCUGCAAACCUUCUCCCCCCGGGUGCCCGCCGCCGCGAGCACGCUUAACCAGAGCUUCCCACCUAACACGCCGGGAAAGCCACCCCGUGGCUCAACGGCUGACGUCAAUGGCCGCAUUCUUGCAAACACUACGUCUACCGAGUUGUUCAAGAUGAGGAUCCCGUCCCCCCCGCGCCAUCUCACUGGCGAGAUGCUCGCCAACGAAGUACCCGAUGACCCGAACAGGUCCGGCUCGGUCUAUGCGGACGAAUUCCUCGCACAUUACUGCCCGCCCGACCUGGAUGAGCACCAGAGGCGCCAGUUCUUCUGCAUCCUUGACCUACGGCGGCUUAAAUAUGCGGCAGACGACGUGUUCACCAAGAAGGACUGGAAGAUCAAUAUUCUCAACUUUGCCAAGGAGUAUGAAAAGAGCCGCAGCUUGAUCAUGCUGCGGUACGGCCUGUACGAGUUCAAAACUGUUAGGGCGUCCGAGGCGGUCAAAAAGGAGUGGAAGCAGAAGCAUGGAAUCCCCGACUCGGAGGACGAGUCCGGAACCGCCCCCAGGGUAAACGGGACGCCGAAGAGAAAGGCCGAGGAAGAGUUGACACCCAGCAGCAACACCCUCACGGCAUCGGUCUCUGGUGCCAACAAACGUGCGCGCGCUCCAGAGACCUCGGCCAAGAGCAAGCGCAAGGCCGACUCCGAGCCUGACGAGAACCACCCAGCCAAGCUUCAAAAACCGGCUGCCCCUCCGUCUGCUACCAAGUCCGUGUUCGAAAGCAUUGUCAAUAAUGCCCAAUCGGCCUCCGCCACACCGGCGAAGUCGACCGGCAAGAGCCUGUUUGCCUCGAGUACCGGUCCCCAGCUCAAUGGUUCCCUUGGCACGUCCAUCUUCGGUGCGACGCCCAAGCCUGCCGGCUCUACCAACAUCUUUGGUCACCUCUCCGAUGGAAGCAAGGGUAGCGGUAAUGAGGGUGCCGACGAAGACAGCGAGACUGGCUCCGAGAUGGAGGAAGACGAAUCCGAGCCCCAGGACGUCAGCCAGAGCGACGAGCAAGCGGCGAGCGGCGGUGUAUCGACCCCGCAAUUCAUCGAUACCAAGAAGCCAACUACGAACGGCAUGUCGAGUGCAUCAUCGGAUGCCGGGGACAGCACCCAGGGCCGCAGCAUUUUUGACCGCAUUACCAGGGGUACUGACGGCCAGCCGGUCAGGAAGGUGUCACCUAGUGACGGGGGUCUAUUUGUUGCGCCGCCUGAAAAGGAACGGUCUGCAAGCCCUCAACCCGCCUCGUUUGGUGGGGCUACGUCGGGACCAGCGUUCAGCUUCGGAGGGUCGUCCCAGCCGAGCAGCGCUCCCGUGUUCUCACAAAACCCCCCUGCAGCAACAUCCAUCUUUGGCAAUAGCCUAGCUCCCGGCGGGGGGACCUCAACAGGUACUAAUUCCCCUUUUGCGUUCGGCGGCGCCUCAAGUUUGGCAACCACGCCAGCGGCGACCACCCCUGAGCCGUCUGCCAAUGCUGAAGAUGGUCAAGGAACAAACGCUGACGGGGAUGACGCACCACAGGAGCAAAUAUCGCUAACCGACGGCGGGCCGGGCGAGGAAUGCGAGGCCGUCGUCCAUGAAGUGCGCGCUAAGGCCGUCAAACUCGUCACGGCCUCCGAUUCGGACGACGAAUCCGGCGCCGGCGCCGGCAAAGCGAAGAAGAGCGAGUGGAAGACUCAAGGGGUCGGGCCCCUGCGCCUCCUGAAGAACAAGUCUACCGGCGCGGUGCGGCUGCUGCUGCGCGCUGAACCCCGCGGCCACGUCGCGCUCAACAAGAUGGUGCUGCCGAGCUUUACCUACAAGGCGGACGCGAAGAACGUCAAGCUGACGACCGCGACGGACGACGGCAAGGGAUUGGAGACGUGGAUGCUCCGGUUCUCGACACCCGCGUCGGCGCAGGCUCUUGCGGAGGCGCUGGAGGAACACAAGAAAGCAAACGAAAAAUAAUAGCUCUUUUUGCUGGAGCAGGGGGAGGCAAUACCUUUGGUGCGGAGGACAUAUUGGCGGUGGGAGCGGGGUUAUAUACAAGGUAAGGUAUCAUUAAUUGGCUUCUGCAUUAGAUGGGUCGUGCAGGGUGUUAUUCUGGGAAGCAUAGCAUUGCUUUUGCUGUUUGGUUGUAUGGGAAGGGUCGCUGCUGCGGCGCUGCUGUCGGAAAAGGAGAGAUCAGACACUCGGGAUUAUCUCGGGCUGGCGAGAGAUCUGAGGGGGAUGGUUGUAUGUAUGUAUGCUAUGCGAUGGGUGCUUCCAGGAGGGUGGACUAGUGUGGGAGAAUGUCAUUGUGGGCAAUUGGCUUGCUCUGGUUCUGCACAUUGCUGGCUUCUUU